GAGAAAUGGAAAGAAAAAUGGAAAAGAAAAGAAAAGAAAAGAAAGAAAAUGAGUGAGACAUUUUCUGCCUAACUAAACAAAGCCAACCCCUUUCCUCACCGUCUCCUCCACUCAGCAGCUGAAGAAAACCCCAAUUUCAUCUCUUGCUACCGUCACAUCGUUCGAUCUCCACGCCAUUUCAUUCCAUUCUCAGCUCCUCUGCUCCAGAUCGCGAUCCACGGCAGACAACUCGCCGCCGUUUCACGGGUUGAGUCACAGGUCAACCUGUUCAGUUCAUCGCCGGGCAUGUUCAAAUCGCUGCUUAAUAUAGAAACCCUAGCUUCGGUUGUUGUUCCGUCUAUAAACCUCCUGAAGGCAGGAGCUUUCUUUCCUUUUUCCGUACAAUCAUAAUAGUUUUCUCUGUAGUGGUCUUUUGAACAACCAGCAACUGAAAGAUGCAUGCUAGGCAUCGAAGUCCUGGAAAUGGGUACAGGUCUAAUUCAAUGGGGAUGGGUUUUGGUGCCUCAAGGAUAUCCCCAGAUAAUUCUGCUAGAGGACGCGGCUUUUACAAUUCUGAAUACAGAAGUUUCAAUAAUCGUGGAUUUGGUCGUGCCAUGGGCCAGCCAAAAUCAUUUCAACCGCCACCUCAGCCACCACCACGUAAAGGUGACAUUUUGAUGGAGGCUGGUAGACUUGCGGCUGAGUAUUUAGUUUCCAAGGGAUUGUUACCUCAGAGUGCACUUUCUGCCUCUGGUAAAUGGCAGAAUGGUAAUUCAAAGAAGCAAGUUGGUGAUGACUAUCUACAAGAGGAACUUAAUCAGGAUGGUCGAACAUCUGCACAUUCCCGCCUAGGAAGUGGUGCUUCUGAUUCAGGAAUAGGGAAGAGAAGGUAUUCUGAUGACUUUAAUUUGAGGAAUCAUGUGAAAGGAAGGAGGAGAGGAGAGUACUAUAAUCGGAGUUAUAACUCAGAGUGGGGUGGCAGAGAAUAUGGGAGGAGUGGGUCGUGGUUAGAUAGAAAUAGAGUGUCUCCUGAUAUGGAGGGAGAGGGUGAUACUAUCUCUGGACAUUAUGAUGAGCAGCAAGCUGGUGAAGAUGUUAGCGAGGGGUUGCAGAAGUCUGGUCUGAGUGGGUCAGUGCCAGACAAUGAAGAAGCAGCUGAUAUGGAAUCGUUUGCAGAGUAUACCAAUUCCGAUGAAAUGGGUUCUAAGGCAAGCUCAUUGCAUACUGGGAAAGAUGAGGCUGUUGGGGAACCUGGCCAGGUAUCUGAUGAUUUAACAAACUUGAAUUCAGGGAGUGAGGAGAUGAAGGACAAUAACUUUAAACAUGAAACUGAGAAACAGAUUGCUCCUGAGGACUUAGCUACCCAGCAAUGCUCAGUGGAAGGUGAUAUUUUGGACAAGCAUGAAUCUGAUUUACUAACAUUCUGCAACUUUGCCAAGGUCCCAACCAAAAUACGAUCUGCACUGACAUACAAGGUGCCCAAGGUUGACCAAGUUCCUAAUGCUGAGGAGAGAAAUGUGUCUGAUGGCGCUCAGAAAGGAUCUGAAAUCACUGUUCAAGAUGGCACUCUUGAUUUCGCCACAGCUGAUCAACUACCUAAUACAAAUGAUUUGAAAAGCGCUGAUCCUGAAAUAUCUAUAUCUGUUCAGUCUGCAGAGGAUGUGGGAGAAUCAGGCCACGCAUAUGGUGCUGGGCAGGUUAAAUGCCUGAGGUCUCAAUCCUUUCCAGAUAGAGCUUUCAUGCAUGACGGUGAACAACAAUCAAGCCAAGGGGUGCUAGGUUUUGGAAGGUCGAUCUCAGUCAAAGAGAGAGGUGAGAAACGAGUUGCAGAAGACGGUGAUAUGAAUGAAGCAACCAAGAAACCAAGAGAAUGGUUUGCAUCCUUUAAUACAGCCAACAAGCAUCUUCAUCUUUCCAGUCCAAGUCAAAACCAAGAUAGUUCACAAGAGAAAGCUUCUCCAAUCCAGAAGGUGACUGUGGCUGUCACUCAACACAGCUUGGUUAACAGUCAUCAGUUUCCAAAGACUGUUGGUGAACCAUGCAAUGAGUAUGCUCAAGAGAAGCAACUUUUUCCAAAUUCAUUUAAGAUCUGUGACCUUAAUCUAAUGGAAGCUUCUGAUUUGAAUGAUAGUCACUCUAAUGAUCCAGUUCUAAUACAUCCAUCUAUUACAGUAAGCAAAAAGGAAGCAGCACAGGUUGAUAUUGAUUUGUCAAUAAGUAAUUGUAACCUGACUGAUGGAUAUCCUAGAUAUGCUAAUAAUGGGAAAAAUAUUGAAGUCAUUGAUUUGGAGAAUGAUUCAACCCCUGAAGUAAAGGCUUUUGACCUUUCACAGAGAAAGGAAACAGCUUUUACUGGCCCUGAAGGCUUUCCCAGUCGUGCACAAAGUGUUGGAGAUAUUGCUGAUGUUCAUGAUAACUAUGAUGGUCUCAUUUCGGAGUUCCUUACAACAUUUUCAAACACUUCAGUAACAGAGGAUAUUAGCCCUCUGCAAAGUGAGAUGGGUCUUCAUAAUGGAGAGGGGACUCUUGGUGAUGAUGACUCCAUCUACAUGUCUCUGGGAGAAAUACCAUUAAGCUUUAUACCAGCUUGGGAGCAACCAACGCCACAGAAAUAUGGGAAGCCCUUUUGAUGCAGCAAUUUGUUUAAUAUGCUAGGAAAUACCUUUUGGUAUGCUUAUUAUUGGUCAUCAACGUUCCUGAUUCCCUCUGGGAAUCUUCUCUUGCGGUGCAAGGCCUUGAAGGAACAUCUGGGAUCAACAAUGAAUGCACCACUUCAAUUUACGAGAGAGGUAUAAACUACUAUGUAUUUAUUUAGCCCUGCAAUGCUAAAAAGAAAAGAAAGUGGAGUUGUUGUAAAUCUCACACCAAUAAUCUGUAAUUUUACAAAUCGAGAAGUGAAUGUUUCUGUAUUAGUUUUUGUCCUAUAUACAAGGAUAAUAAUUCUAAUUCUGAAUCAUUCUUAUGAUUAGCAUGGCUAAUUGUGUU